UUGAAACAUGCACAAGUCAUACCAACCACUGAAACCUGCAACGAACAAGUACCUGCAGAAAAAAUGGGACCAGACCAGAUAUGAGGAGCAUAGGAAUAAGCUGAGUACGGCCAGGCCCAUUGUGGACACUAAAGGCAUUAGAACACCUGCACAUGUUCAGCUGAAACUCAAGAAACUCCAGUUACAAGAUGAGAGGCUGGUCACCAUCGAGAGAGACAACCGUCUCCUGUCCUCCAAGCUGUCUGACAUCGUGCGGUCCAAAGGUCUGGUCGACCACAGGAACCAUUAUCCCGAGAGAAGUCUGAACGCUGAGAAGAGGAGGGAUGAGCUGCUGCAGGUGGCUAAUCAGAACCAGGCCAUCUACCAGCGAAUCACGGCCCGUGAAUCUGACUACCGUCGCCAGCUCUGGUUGGACGACUGGGAGAGGGUGGUGCGCAGACAUGAUGACAUCGCUCGUUACCCUCGUGCUGUCGCCAACAAACAGGUGCGAUCAAUGUGA